GGGGGAGCCGCGGGGGAGGAGGCACUAGGCGGAAGUGACGGUCUCCAGGUUCAGGGCGGAAGUUCCCUGCCCCACCCGUAAGAAUUGAGGUUUGACUAGAGGCAAGCGGGGAUCCUGCCCGGACUCCAGUUGUCCACGGCUCCUCCUCCUGUCGUUGCCUGCGUGAUUCCUGGGACUCAGAAGCACAGAUUGAGUGGGUAUGAUCUGAAGUUGUGAUCAAGAGUUGAGUAGCCCUGGCUGGUGUAUCUCAGUGAUAGCUCAGACUUUAAUUUAAUGAAGAUGGACCAUACAUCCCCGACCUACAUGCUUGCUAACUUAACACACUUACAUUCUGAACAACUUCUGCAGGGUCUGAAUCUUCUUCGUCAACAUCAUGAACUCUGUGACAUCAUUCUUCGAGUAGGUGAUGUUAAAAUUCAUGCUCACAAAGUGGUACUUGCCAGCAUCAGCCCAUAUUUCAAAGCUAUGUUUACUGGAAACCUUUCUGAAAAAGAGAACAGUGAGGUUGAGUUUCAGUGCAUUGAUGAAACUGCUCUCCAGGCUAUUGUGGAAUAUGCCUACACAGGGACUAUUUUUAUUUCACAGGACACAGUGGAAUCUCUCCUUCCAGCAGCAAACCUACUCCAGAUAAAACUUGUCCUGAAAGAAUGUUGUGCAUUUCUUGAAAGCCAACUUGACCCUGGUAAUUGUAUUGGAAUUUCUCGUUUUGCAGAGACAUAUGGUUGUCAUGACCUUUAUUUGGCAGCCACUAAAUAUAUAUGCCAGAAUUUUGAAGCUGUUUGCCAGACUGAAGAAUUUUUUGAGCUUACACAUGCUGAUUUGGAUGAAAUUGUUUCCAAUGACUGUUUGAAUGUAGCUACCGAAGAGACUGUUUUUUAUGCACUUGAAUCUUGGAUCAAUUAUGAUGUACAAGAACGCCAGAAAUACUUAGCACAGCUACUUAACAGUGUGCGAUUACCACUGCUAAGUGUUAAAUUUCUCACUAGAUUAUAUGAAGCAAAUCAUCUUAUUCGUGAUGACCGUACUUGUAAACAUCUUUUGAAUGAAGCCCUAAAGUACCACUUUAUGCCUGAACACAGACUCUCUCAUCAGACAGUCUUGAUGACACGACCUCGCUGUGCUCCCAAAGUACUUUGUGCAGUAGGAGGAAAAUCUGGACUGUUUGCCUCUUUGGAUAGUGUGGAGAUGUACUUUCCUCAGAAUGACUCUUGGAUUGGUUUGGCACCCCUAAACAUGCCUCGCUAUGAAUUUGGAAUAUGCGUUUUAGACCAAAAAGUGUAUGUUAUAGGUGGUAUUGAAACUGACGUGCGUCCUGAUUUCACUAUCAGAAAUCAUGAAAAUUCAGUAGAAUGCUGGAAUCCUGAUACAAAUACCUGGACUUCUCUUGAGAGAAUGAAUGAGCACCGAAGUACCCUUGGAGUGGUAGUACUUGCAGGAGAACUUUAUGCUUUAGGUGGUUAUGAUGGACAGUCUUAUUUACAGUCUGUAGAGAAGUAUAUUCCCAAAUUAAGAAAAUGGGAACCUGUGGCACCAAUGACUACAACACGAAGUUGUUUUGCUGCAGCUGUGCUGGAUGGAAUGAUAUAUGCCAUUGGUGGGUAUGGUCCCGCCCACAUGAACAGUGUGGAGCGUUAUGAUCCAAGUAAGGAUUCCUGGGAGAUGGUUGCAUCUAUGGCAGAUAAAAGGAUCCACUUUGGUGUGGGUGUCAUGCUGGGCUUUAUUUUUGUGGUAGGUGGACAUAACGGUGUCUCACAUUUGUCAAGCAUUGAAAGAUAUGAUCCUCAUCAAAAUCAGUGGACUGCGUGUAGACCAAUGAAAGAACCCAGAACAGGAGUUGGUGCUGCAGUAAUCGAUAACUACCUUUAUGUAGUCGGUGGUCACUCAGGGUCUUCCUAUCUGAACACCGUGCAGAAAUAUGACCCUAUCUCAGAUACAUGGCUGGAUUCAGCUGGCAUGAUAUACUGUCGCUGCAAUUUUGGGUUAACUGCACUUUGACAAGUGUGGACUCAUGGAAAUAGUGAGGUGAAGAACUUCGUGCCGCAUAAAAGGAGCCCAAUUUUCUGAAACCCCAAAGCUGCAUUGCUUUUUAACUUGAAAUGUCAUGAAGACUCAACAUUUUGUUGGGUACUUUGAACUGACAAGUAGCUUUGGUUGCUCUUGAUUACAGUGAAUCAAUAAUCAAAAAAAAAA